CAUACUCUCUCUCUCUCUCUCUCUCUCUGUGUGGCUUUGAAGCUGAGCGAGCAAAGCAAGCGAUGCAGGCCAUAGCGAGGCGCGUGGGGCAGCAAUCCCUCAAGCCCGCCUCGCCUUCAAUCUCGUCCCUCAAGUCCAUCUACCCACUCUCCGAUCACUGUUAUGGAGCUGAUCAUCCACGGUACGGAUCUACUCUGGCCACCAAGGGUGUGGGCCACCUCGUUCGCAAGGGCACAGGUGGAAGAUCGUCUGUUAGUGGUAUUAUUGCUACAGUCUUUGGAGCUACAGGGUUCCUCGGUCGUUAUCUUGUGCAACAACUUGCCAAAAUGGGAACCCAAGUGUUGGUCCCUUUCCGAGGUUCUGAGGAUUCCCAUCGUCAUCUCAAGUUGAUGGGGGAUUUGGGACAGAUUGUACCGAUGAAGUACAAUCCAAGAGAUGAAGACUCGAUUAAGGCUGUAAUGGCGAAGGCUAAUGUUGUUAUCAAUCUAAUUGGAAGAGAGUAUGAGACAAGAAACUUCGGCUUUGAGGAAGUGAACCAUUCAAUGGCUGAACAACUUGCAAUGAUUUCCAAAGAACAUGGUGGUAUCAUGAGAUUCAUUCAAGUUUCUUGCUUAGGGGCAUCUCCAUCAUCUCCAUCCAAAUUCCUAAGAGCUAAAGCUGCAGCAGAGGAAAGUGUUUUGAGAGAAUUACCUGAGGCCACAAUUAUGAGACCUGCUGCAAUGGUUGGUACGGAGGAUAGGCUUUUGAAUCAGUGGGCACGCUUUGCAAAAAAAUAUGGCUUUCUUACACUCAUUGGGGAUGGAUCUACAAAAAUCCAACCGGUAUAUGUUGUUGAUGUUGCUGGUGCAAUUGUUUCGGCCUUGAAAGAUGAUGGCACCAGCAUGGGAAAAGUUUAUGAACUUGGUGGACCAGAGGUCUUUAGAGUGCAUGAAUUGGCGGAGAUUAUGUUUGACACGAUUCGGGAAUGGCCUCGCUAUGUCAAAGUUCCUUUCCCUGUUGCAAAGGCUUUCGCAAUGCCGAGAGAAAUAUUACUUAAAAAAGUUCCAUUUCCAUUACCCAAUCCGGAGAUUUUCAACCUGGAUCAGAUCCUUGCGGCAACUACAGAUACAGUCGUUUCAGAGAAUGCUUUGACUUUCAAUGAUCUUGAGAUUGUGCCUCAUAAGCUGAAAGGAUACCCUAUUGAGUUUCUUAUCCAAUACCGUAAGGGUGGUCCCCAAUUUGGUUCUACAGUCAGUGAAAAAGUCUCUCCUGAUGCUUGGCCAUGAGGUUCUGUGGAUCUUUUUCUUUCUUUUUUUUCCUUCUUUCUUUUCCAAAUGUUGAGUUUACCCAGUUCAAGACAUUGAAACAGGCCUGCAAUGCCUCCAUUUCUUUUAGCAAAUUGAAAUAGCAUUUUGAGUGCAUGAAUUCAUGAUGUAGAAUUCACAACGAGGUUCGAUAAACUAUGAUUAACUGUGACUUGACUAAUAAGAGUUGUGAUACUUCAUCUCUA